AUGCUUACAAAGGAUUGCAGCACCACCGAGCAAAUGGAUUUGGCUUUGAUCAGUGUUCACGCUGCUUAUUUGGGAAGGUGUUGGGAAGCUCAGUCAGGGGAGGUCGUGACCGAUCCCAUCACAAUGCUAACAGAGGCAAAAGCACCGUGCGGUGGGGAUCCGGUCUCAAAACCGAGGGAUUCCCGUAAUCGUGGGAGAAAGAAAAUUAGUCAGCCGAAUUGGAUGAUGACACAGCUACUGUACUGA